CCCCGCGCCGCGCAAACGGCACGUUGCCCCGCUUCGCUUGCCCAGCUGCCGCUGCCGCUGCCGCUCGCUGCCCCCGUGCGAAUGCGAUAAAAGAAGCAGCCAGCCAGCUGCCGGUGGUGGUGGUGGUGAGUGUCACUCGCUCGCCCCGGUCAAAGCCAGCGAGCCAGCGCGCGCGGCAUCCAUCCGUCCCGCCCGCCUGCGUGCCACCCGCUUCGUCUCCUCCGCUCCGCGGUGUCCCCCGCGCUCUCGCCGCUGCUUAUCUGCGGGCGGGGCGGGCAACCGCGAAUCUGGGUCUGAGGGUGGUUUUGAUGAUGGGGUCGCCGGGGGCCGGGAGCAGCGGCGGCGGCCACGAGUGCUCCUUCAAGAUCCUCCUCAUCGGGGACUCCGCCGUCGGCAAGAGCAGCCUCCUCGUCAGCUUCGUCGCCGCCGCCCACCUCGACGACGACAUCGCCCCCACCAUCGGAGUGGAUUUUAAGAUCAAGUUCCUUACGAUUGGUGGAAAGAAACUGAAGCUGACAAUAUGGGAUACUGCUGGCCAGGAGAGGUUUAGGACGAUUACUAGUUCUUACUACAGAGGCGCUCAAGGCAUUAUUCUAGUAUAUGACGUCACGAAGAGAGAAAGCUUCACAAAUUUGGCUGAUGUAUGGACUAAGGAAAUAGAGUCCCACUCGUCAAACAAAGAUUGCAUAAAAAUGCUUGUUGGAAACAAAAUUGACAAGGAGGACGAAAGAACUGUCACAAGAGAAGAAGGGCUUGCCUUUGCAGAAGAAUCUGGGUGCCUGUUUCUUGAGAGCAGUGCAAAAACACGAGAUAAUGUUGAGAAGUGUUUUGAAGAACUUGCGCUGAAGAUCAUGGAUGUCCCUAGCCUCUUAGAGGAAGGCUCUUCUUCAGUCGUCAAGAGGAACAUUCUGAAACAGAAGCAAGAAAAUCAGGCAAAGCAAGGUGGCGGAUGCUGUCAAUAGAUCAUGGCGUCCAAGCAAGAUUGUGGCAUCCAACCCGAGCUGCUGUUGUGUGUUUGUAAAUGAGUUGUAUCUAAAUGAUCUGGGAGUAAAUAGGGGCGCAAGGGAGUCAGCUUGUGAGGUUUUGGAGAGUGAUUAAAAUUGAUUUUGUACAAAGAACAGCAUUUUUCCUUUUAUUUUUUGUUUUUCUGCUCAUUUUUUUAUUAUCUUAACCGAACUUGCUGUCUUUUGUUUAUCUAUUGAUUUUUUUGUCAGAAUUACGAUGAAGUGACCAAAAACUUGUCGAUGACAAUUCUAGGUAG